AUCGCCAGGCCGACCGCUAUGGCUUCAUUGGGGGCAGCUCAGCAGAGCCAGGGUGGUAUAACAAGUCCAGAGACACAAAGGAACUUGCCUGAGGUCACGCAGCAGCUCAGUGACAGAAUCAGACUCAAACUCAGCCCGGCUUCUAGCGCAGGGCUCUGUCCACCCAGCGUCCUCCAGGAGUUGUCUGCGACCCGGUCCCCGGGGACUGCCAACCAGCCCCUCCCCCAACUCACACCUACACACCCCCAUCAGUCUUUCCUGCUUCUGCCCACAUCAGAGCCACAUCCUUUCCUGUCCCCAUGACAACCACUGGCAACUCCUGGGUGACAGGUCACCCCCCCAGGGGCUACCCAGGUUGCAUGAGAGUGGCAGACGUGGGCUCUAGGUCACAGCUGCCCUGCACUGCAUGUCGGUGCCAUGUGCUCCCAGGCCCGGGUGCCCUUCCGUGGACCUCAUCCGCCAGCGGGAGAUGAAGUGGGUGGAGAUGACCUCGCACUGGGAGAAGACCAUGUCUCGGAGGUACAAGAAGGUAAAGAUGCAGUGCCGGAAGGGCAUCCCUUCAGCCCUGCGUGCCCGGUGCUGGCCCCUGCUGUGCGGGGCCCACGUGUGUCAGAAGAACAGCCCAGGCACUUACCAGGAACUGGCUGAGGCCCCAGGAGACCCACAGUGGAUGGAGACCAUCGGCAGGGACCUGCACCGCCAGUUCCCUCUGCACGAGAUGUUUGUGUCACCCCAGGGUCACGGGCAGCAGGGUCUCCUGCAGGUACUCAAGGCCUACACCCUGUAUCGGCCGGAACAGGGUUACUGCCAGGCCCAGGGCCCCGUGGCUGCUGUGCUGCUCAUGCACCUGCCCCCAGAGGAGGCCUUCUGGUGCCUGGUGCAGAUCUGCGAGCUCUACUUGCCCGGCUACUACGGGCCCCACAUGGAGGCCGUGCGGCUGGACGCCGAGGUGUUCAUGGCCCUGCUGCGGCGGCUGCUCCCUCGGGUGCACAAACACCUGCAGCAGGUGGGCGUCGGGCCCCUGCUCUACCUGCCCGAGUGGUUCCUGUGCCUCUUCGCCCGCUCCCUGCCUUUCCCCACCGUGCUGCGCGUCUGGGACGCCUUCCUCAGUGAGGGUGUCAAGGUGCUGUUCCGCGUGGGGCUGACGCUGGUGCGCCUGGCGCUGGGCACCACGGAGCAGCGCCUGGCCUGCCCGGGGCUCCUGGAGACGCUCGGCGCCCUUCGAGCCGUCCCCUCUGCCCAGCUGCAGGAGGAGGUCUUCAUGUCCCAGGUACACGGCGUGGCCCUGUCGGAGCAGGACCUGCAGCGGGAGAUCAAGACCCAGCUGGCCCAGCUGCCGGAGUCCACAUCCGGGCCGCCCCCACGGCCGAAGGCCCGCCUGGCCGGGGCCCAGGCCAUCUUCGAGGCCCAGCAGCUGGCCGGGGCGCGGGGCAGCGCCAGGCCCGAGGUGCCCCGCAUCGUGGUGCAGCCCCCAGAGGAACCCAGGCCGCCCCGGCGCAAGCCCCAGACCCGAGGCAAGACUUUCCAUGGGCUCCUGACUCGGUCCAAGGGCCCCCCGAUCGAGGGCCCCCCCAGGUCCCAUCGAGGCUCCACCUCCUUCUUGGACACCCGGUUCUGAGGGUCCCACCACCACGGACCACGGACCCCACUCGCCUGCCCAGCUGA